AUGAACACAGACUCAGAUUCUGAGUCCGAUGUAAGAAGCAUCACAGACUCGGAUGUUCUACAUGAGAUUGAUAAUUUCAUUCACCGAGCUGAGGUGCAGGCAUACACUUAUGUCUUGCAUGCUUUCAUAUACAAAGCCAACGAUAUCGAUCAGGAAAAGCAAGAUUUGAUAAUUAGUCUUAUAAGUGAACUCAAAAUUUCAAAGGAUGAACACAAUGAGGUUCUUGCUGAGAUUAAAGAUGAUGAAAUGAUCCAUCUCGUUAGGAUCAACCAUUGUCCAGUUUAUCUUCAGUGUAAUCUGUGCAGGAUCCUUCUGUGGAACCUGCAAAAGCAGCAUCUAAAGGUCCACUAA